AUGCGGGCUUCUCUAAAAUCGUUGCUGGCGUGGGCAGCUGGCGCCAACGCGGCUUUGCAAGUUAUCGAGAACUCGACCUUCAUCACCCUUGGAAAUGACCGCCUCACAGCUGUGCUCAAGAAGAGUGCCGGUCAGAUUGUUGAUCUCUCCUUGGAUGGCCAAGAUUUGCUUGGAGUCCAAUCUGGAUCCACCGGCAUUGGUCCCUACCUGGAUUGCUACUGCAUUCCAUCAGGAUUCUACACUGCUGGUGCCACAACUCCUAGCAUGGAAGUCGUGGAAGGCACGGACUCAACCGGCACGAAGUACGGAGGCAUGAUCUUGACCGAUACCUAUACGCCAACGGGGCAAAAGUUCCAACAAUAUUGGUUCCUGCGCGAUGGAGAGACGGGACUGCACAUGUUCAGCCGCCUGGCAUACCACAAUGAAACCACCCCAUACCUGCGCAACUUGCAAGAGUUCCGGACUUUGUUCCGCCCCAACACUGACCUGUGGACGCAUCUAACGUCUAGUGAUGUUCAAACUGCACCUCUGCCCAGUAAAGAGGCCGUUUCCAAACAAAUCGUCGUUCAGGAUGCGACGUGGACAUUUAACAACACGCCCUCUGACGCAUACUACACUCAGUUCUCUGAGUAUUUCACCAAAUAUACUUUCUCCAACCAAUGGAGAAACAACAGUGUGCAUGGCCUUUACGCCGAUGGCAGCACAUCAAAAGGCGCAACCUACGGAGCAUGGAUGGUGAUGAAUACCAAGGAUACCUAUUACGGUGGGCCACUUCAUUCCGAUCUGACAGUUGAUGGAAUUGUUUACAAUUACAUUGUAUCCAACCACCAUGGAGAAGGCACGCCGAAUAUCACCAACGGAUUUGAUCGAACAUUCGGCCCUCAGUUCUACCUUUUCAAUGGAGGCAAGGGAUCGGCUUCACUUGAGGAGCUACGAUCGGAAGCCGAGGCUUUAGCAAACCCACACUGGAACUCCGCAUUCUACGACUCCAUCGCCAAACAUGUCGUCGGGUACGCCCCUUCUAGCAAAAGAGGGAGUGUGAAGGGCACUGUUAAGCUUCCCAAGGGUGCUACACGCCCCAUUGCCAUUUUGUCUGUUGAUGGGAAGUACUUCCAAGAUAACAGCGCAGUCCCAAGCUCGUACCAGUACUGGACGGAUAUCAACCAAGAUGGCACAUUCACCAUCGAUCGUGUCAAGGAGGGCAAAUAUCGACUCACCGUAUAUGCAGAAGGUAUUUUCGGGGACUAUGUUCAAGAUGGUGUCAAGAUUCAAGCAGGAAAGCAGACCACCAUCCACAAAACCUGGAAGCAAGAGUCUGCAGGAACCGAGGUCUGGCGAAUCGGAGUCCCCGACAAGUCCUCUGGUGAAUUCCGACGUGGCAACGCUAGAGAUUCAACACACCCGCUCAACCCCCCUGAGUACCUCAUCUACUGGGGUGCUUAUGACUGGCAUGCCGACUUCCCCGACGGUGUCAACUACACCAUCGGUACCAGCGAUCCUGCCCAGGACUUGAACACUGCCCACUGGUCGGUAUUUGGACCCACCGCAAAGGACUCACACAUUGAAUACGACACAACAAAUGACUGGAACAUCAACUUCAAGCUUGACUCGAAGCAGCUCAAGAAGCGCAAGACUGCGACCCUGACGAUACAGCUGGCGGGCGCAAAGACUGCGGCAGGCAAUACGGAUGUGUGGAAUCCCGCGGAGCCAUACAACAACCUCUCCUUGGAAAGCUAUAUCAAUGGCGAGAAGGACCCUCUUACAUUUGUCAUUGGAUUCAAUCAAUCCAGCAGCUGUAUUGUGCGAUCCGCGGUCAGUUGCUAUCAGGUCAGCUCUAAGAUGGAGUUCCCGGCAGAUUGGCUCAAGGCGGGUGACAAUGUCCUACGCUUGCAUCUGCCUCACAAUGCAACAGAUACAGAGACUGCCAUUCUCCCAGCCACGGUUUACGUCCAGUAUGAUGCGAUCAGGCUUGAGCUGAAGUGA